AUGCAAUCGUUCUGGCUUCCCUCUGCUCUUCUCCACCAAAUUGUAUGCUUCAUUCAUCAGACCCAAACUGGAAUUGGUAUUGGCAUUGCCAAUAUGCGUGUUGCUGAUUUCAAGGCUCUUGAAAAGGUCCAAGAUACGUGCCUCCGCAUGAUAUUUGGUGGCCAUCGUGCUGCUUCCACCAUGGUGUUUCGACACAUGACAAAUCUGCCUCUGAUGCGACAACGUGUGCCUAUACUGGUGACUCAUUCUGCUUGCGUUCACAAUUCCUCCAGAAGAUGGCCUUGCUGA